GAAGCGAUUGACGAAGAGCGCAGUUUUGCGCAGGGUCCUGCUGCAAAAAAGGCGCCGACCAUGACCACGUGCGAAGUCUUCGAGGUGUUGCAGAAAACUGCGUGCGUCCUCGCUGUCGGCGGAGAGAAUCAUGAUGAUGAAGUACUGCGCGAGAAUAUGCAUUGCAAAUGUAGUGUCUGGAGGGUUUGAAAUUGAGUGUGUGUCGAGUAUCCAUGGAAAACUCGGUACGAGUGUCGAGUUUCUCUGCCGCGCUGCUGGAAGCAGGUAUUUUUUCUUGCUAUUUACGAAUGAACCCGAAAGUAGAAGCUGAGGAAACAAAAAACUUCUGAUGCUGUUGAUGUCAUGCCGUUGCACAAGCCCAAGCCGUUGUUAAUAUUUCUCUUCAAUUGAUGACGUGCCGGCACUGCAACACACAAGAUUUCCAGACCCAACUAUUGACAUGUUUGCAAUGCAUAGAAAAUGGAAACGCCAACGCGCUCAACCCGCCAUCCUCAACCCCGUCGGACGACCAGGACGAGCACCACCGCCAGGGGAGGCUAUCGUUGCAGCGUCAAGUCGCCAGGCUUUUGCAGACCUCCGGCGACUGUUUCGACCACACCCCGUUUACGGGCGUGCAGGGCCCGGGCGUCGCGGAAUUUCGGCGAGCCAUACAGAGUGGCGGAAAGGCCUGGACGCACCUUCCUGCGCGGCGGAAAAGCUUUGCACGUUCCGAGUGCGUGGUGCGCUCCUUGCCCGAGGUUUGUGUGGAUGAAAGCACGGGCGAAAUCACACUGAAUUUUCAAAAUCAAAAGUAUUUUUCCGCAGAGCAGGACCUGCGUAUUAGUACAACUACAACUGGACAAGAUCAACA